AUGGCGAUAUGCUUUUCCUCACUCACAUGCAAGACCACUCACCACACAAGCAUGCCGUCCGAAGAGUCGCAUGUGGCAGCACCCCUCCCGGAGUGCUCGCAUGUCCGCUCAGCGCCCUCCACGGCCACUUCGUCCAUAAACACCAUCGAUGCUGCUCUGCCCCGCCCCAACUACAUAAAAAAACCGUCCUUACACAUACUAUCCACGUCCACCACCUCUACCACGACCGACCUGGUGACAAACCCGAUAUUGAGCGACAUCUCCAUACCGAAGAUUAGCCCCCCAGCCGCCGCUACCACCAGCAGCAGCACGGGUCACGUGACGGAAACCGCCGCUCACUCCAAUGGCAAUGCUAAUGCUAAUGCUAGUGCUAAUGCCAACGCUGACGCUAGUACGGGCCCCCACAAGAAGGGUACACCGGCCGACACCAUCAGGAGGUAUCCGAACCGCUACAGGCCUUCGCACUCGCUGCAACUGCCCAUCAAGAACGACUCCAACUUCAAGAGGUCCAGCAUCUAUGCCUCCAAAUCCACCGUCACUGCCAUCCCCAUUAGGAACAAUCGGCCAAUGUCCAUGCAGAACUCGUAUUCACGCACCCCGGACAGUGAUCACGACGACCUCGGCGACGACGCCUCGUCGAUAAAGAGCGCCUCUUCUUCGUUGACCGCGUCCCUGUCCAAGAGCUUCCUGUUCGCGUUCUAUAACAACCGCAAGAAGGACAAGAUCAGCAACAACGGCGUCCUUUCCAAAGAGUACUGGAUGAAAGACGAGAGCUCCAAGGAGUGUUUCAGUUGCGGCAAGACGUUCAACACUUUCAGGAGGAAACACCACUGCAGAAUAUGCGGCCAGAUCUUCUGCAGCAACUGCACUCUCCUGAUAGACGGCGACCGGUUCGGGUGCCACGCCAAGAUGAGAGUGUGCUACAAUUGCUACGAGCAUGCGGACACGUACGAGGACUCCAGUGAUGAGGAGAACGACUCCACGAUGCAGCUGAACGAACCGGCCUCCCGGUCUCGCUCCCGCUCUUCCAACUCCAAUUCAUAUUCUCAUUCGCAUUCGCAUUCGCAUUUGCAUCUCGUUUCACAGGAUAACCAUGACAACACCGACCUCCAUGGCCCGGUGGCUGCAGCGGCUAAUCCUCAACAGCAGAAUGAGGUCUAUCUGUUGAACGACGACGACGUGCAGAGUAUAAUGACCUCAGGCGAAGAUUCCAAAUUGUUCAUUUCCACACCUCCACCCCCACCAAAGAUGGCCAUCCCAGCCACGAAGCAAGGCGGAUCGCUGGAGAUCUCGUUCGAUUCGGAAAAUAAUAGGUCUCUGAAUCACCAAGAUGAUAAUCCCGGGCGCCAUCAUCACCUCGAUUCCGCGUCCACGAGGUACACCAUCAGAGAUAUGGACAAUCUGUCCCACUACGACGCCAACUCGAAUUCCACUCUGAGACCGCACCACAACACCAACAACAGUACCAUUACCAUCAACAACGUCAAUAACACCUCUCCCGCCAACAACAAUGGCGGCAACGGCAACGGCAACAACCCCGCGCAUUCCUUAAGAAGGUCCAUUUUCCACUAUGUAAGCAGCAGCAGCAUCAACAAGGACAGCAGCAACAGCUCUGCCACGCCUGCCUCAUCCACCCAAUCAUCUCCCAUGCUGGAUCCUGCUAACCGUGUCAUCGGGAACUAUGCUCAUAGAAACUACAAGUUCAAAUUCAACUACAGUUCUAAGGACUCCUCGCGACAGAGCGUCGCAAAUAAUGGUAGUAGCGGUGGUGCCAUCCCCGACAAAAAUAGCUCUACCACAAACGAUAAUGGUGCCGCUUUCACUCUGGAUAGGAAGAAAAGAAACCCACUGACAAAGUCCAAAUCCACGUCCACUUAUCUGGAGUACCCCUUGAGCGCUGAAGACUCUUCGGAAGAUGAAGGCUCCAUGUCGAUUUAUUCUGUAUUGAAUGAUGACCAUAGAACUGAUAACCCUAUCAGGUCAAUGAGAAACUCCACAAAGUCUUUCCAAAGAGCGCAAGCUUCGCUACAGCGGAUGAGAUUCAGAAGGAAAAGUAAAAGCAAACAUUUCCCCAACAACUCCAAAAGUUCCCUUUAUAGAGACUUGAAUUUUUUGACCAACAGCACGCCCAAUUUGUUAUCUGUAGUGAGCGACGAUAAUUUAUAUGACGGCUCUUCACCCUUGCAAGACAAGGCCUCAUCAUCGGCCGCCGGCAGACUUGCUGAUAGGAAAUAUAGUUACGGCGGUAGUAGCAACAACAACAUCAACAGCAGCAGCAACAGCAGCAGCAACGUCAACGCGGAUCCUUGGAAAAGAAUCGCUAGUAUAUCAGGGUUCAAGUUGAAAAAGGAGAAAAAAAGAGAGUUGAAUGAGGUGUCUCUUUUACACAUGCAUGCCCUACUGAAACAACUGUUGAAUGACCAAGAGAUCAUCAACCCUCAAGAAUGGAUAACUCUACUGGAUGGCGCUUUGCGUAAAGUCCUAAGGACCAUCCUGAACGCGAGGGAUUUGAAUACUUUAGACUUUAGGCAAACUUACGUGAAAAUAAAAAGAAUCAGCGGCGGAUCCCCCCAGAGCUCGGGAUAUAUCGAUGGGGUUGUCUUUUCCAAGGCAUUGCCAUCGAAAACCAUGCCACGUCGUUUGAAAAAUCCAAGAAUUCUAUUAAUCAUGUUUCCACUAGAGUACCAAAAGAACAACAAUCAUUUCCUCAGUAUAGAAUCUGUUUUCAGGCAAGAACGUGAAUAUUUAGAUAAACUUGUUUCCAGACUGAAAUCACUGCAUCCUGAUAUCAUUUACGUUGGUGCCAAUGUUAGUGGGUAUGCCUUAGAAUUGCUAAAUGAUUCCGGAAUCGUCGUGCAAUUCAAUAUGAAACCACAAGUCAUUGAGAGAAUUGCCAAGCUAACGGAAGCAGAUAUUGCCAUUUCUGUGGAUAAAUUGGCUACCAAUAUCAAGAUGGGCGAGUGUGAAACUUUUGAAGUCAAAAGUUACAUUUACGGGAACGUCAGCAAGACAUACACAUUCCUUCAUGGUUGCAAUCCAGAAUUGGGUGGCACAAUCUUAUUAAGAGGCGAUAACCUCGAAAACUUGAGAAAAAUCAAACAGGUCUCUGAAUUUAUGGUGUAUGCAAUUUUUUCACUGAAAUUGGAGAGUUCAUUUUUCAACGAUAAUUUUAUUCAACUUUCCACAGAUGUUUAUUUGAAGAGAACAGAAUUCAAAAAAUUGCAAGUUUUUAAAGGUUAUUUUGCAGAUUUCUUGAUCAAAUUCAAUAAUAGAAUUUUGACUGUGUCGCCAACGGUAGAUUUUCCCAUCCCCUUCCUGUUGGCAAAGGCCAGAGGAUUAGAAAAAAAACUCACAGAAAGGAUCAGCCAAUAUGAAAGUGAAUCUGACUUGGAUCCGCAAAUUCAACUAAAUAUGCUUCAAGGUUUGGAAUCCACCAUCACGAAAAAGCAUUUAGGAAAUUUAGUGAAAUUUCUGCAUGAAAUGGAAAUUGAAAAUCUGGAGCUUGAGUUCCAAAAAAGAAGCCGCCAAUGGGAAGUUUCAUAUUCAUCGUCACAGAAUUUGCUCGGUACGGGAUCACACCAAUCGAUAACUGUCCUCUAUUCAAUGGUUUCAACAAAGACGGCCACACCUUGCGUCGGCCCUCAAGUAGUUACUAUCGAUUAUUUUUGGGAUAGUGAUAUUUCCAUUGGUCAGUUUAUCGAAAAUGUUGUGGGCACUGCGCGGUAUCCCUGCCAGCAAGGUUGUAACGGUUUAUAUUUGGAUCACUAUAGAAGUUACGUUCAUGGGUCAGGAAAAGUGGACGUUUUGAUUGAAAAAUUUCAAACGAGAUUACCCAAGUUAAAGGAUAUUAUCCUCACUUGGAGUUACUGUAAAAAAUGCGGAACAUCUACUCCUAUAUUACAAAUUAGUGAAAAAACCUGGAAUUACUCGUUUGGGAAAUAUUUAGAGGUCAUGUUCUGGAGUUAUAAAGACAGCGUGACAGGAAUUGGGAAAUGCCCGCAUGAUUUCACCAAAGAUCAUGUCAAAUAUUUUGGCUACAACGACUUGGUUGUUCGCUUGGAAUACUCGGAUUUAGAGGUUCAUGAGUUGAUAACACCGCCACGUAAAAUAAAAUGGAAACCCCAUAUUGACAUUAAAUUGAAAGUGGAAUUGUAUUACAAGAUUCUGGAAAAGAUCAACAAUUUUUAUGUGAGUGUCUUAAACCGGUUGGAACGUAUCAAAUUGGACAGCAUGAGCAAAGAUAAAGUCCUAAGUGGACAAGCUAAAAUUAUCGAAUUGAAGGAGAAUGCCACAGAAGAGCAAAAAAUUAUGCUGCAAGACUUGGAUACUUUUUACGGUGACAGCCCUUGUGAUCAGCAUUUGCUCUUGAAUUUGGUUACGAAAUCCCUAUACGAUAAAGCUGUUAACUGGAACUCUACCUUUGCAAUAUUUGCUAAAAAUUAUUUGCCUUCUGAAACCGAUAUUAGUCGUAUCACAGCAAAGCAACUGAAAAAAUUAUUUUAUGAUUCUUCAAGGAAGGAAAGUGAAGAAAAAAAACCUCUAUAUGAUGAAAAUAUGAAAGGCAAAAAGCUGGAAAGAAACGAACCGCCUUCCGAAGGAUUGAAAGAUAUCAAAAAACCAAAAACCGAUUAUAAGAUCACGAAUGAAAUCACAAAAACGAAGAUCGAACCACAGAAUGAUGUGGCAUUGAACACGUCUAAAGAUGAUAUCCGAACUGUUCCAACAAGUGAUACCAGUCAUCUGACAGUUAUACCUUCUGCAUCUUCCAUUGCUUCGUCUUUGAAUCCUCAAGCUGAAGAUCGACCUUCAAUGAGUCGAAGUGGAACAGGCAUAUCUAUCACUCAUGACAAAAGCACCAGGCCCAACAUGAGAAAAAUGAGUAGCGACAGCAGUUUAUGUGGAUUGGCGUUGCUUGCUAACGAGUAUAAUAAGAGCACUAAGGUGGGUAAGCUAGCCACCUUUUUCGAUCAAAUGCAUUUUGAUGCAUUGUCCAAGGAAUUUGAGCUAGAACGUGAAAGGGAAAGAUUACAACUCAAUAAGAAUAAAUACCAAGCCAUAAGGUUACAAACGUCGACCCCAAUCGUAGAAAUCUAUAAGAAUGUUAAAGAUGCGGUUGAUGAACCGCUUCAUUCUAGAAGCUCAGUCGAUAAUCUUUCAGUUGUGAAAGCUUUAGAAGUUCACACGGGAGAACACGUCCGGAACGGUAACUCUAAUCCUCCUAAUUUGGAUCAAAACUUGGAAACCGAAUUGGAAAACUCCAUUAGCCAGUGGGGAGAAAACAUUUUGAACCCUUCUGUAAAGGCCAACGCUACUACUCAGGUGACUCCCAAGCCAAUCGUUAGAGAUGCUUCAGAUACUCCAAAAUCUAUGAUGAGGGAAGCGUCAGAAAAUCAAAAGACGGAACCCCUUCCACCUAUAAUAACAGCAACAACUGUCAAUAAGGUAGAAACCACACCACAACCGGAAAAAUCAUUAUUAAUGAAAACCUUGAGCAAUUUUUGGGCAGAUCGAUCUGCAUAUUUAUGGAAACCUCUUGUUUAUCCAACUUGUCCUUCAGAACAUGUUUUCACUGAUAGCGACGUUAUAAUUCGGGAGGAUGAACCAAGUUCACUAAUCGCAUUUUGCCUGAGCACCUCCGAUUAUAGAAAUAAAAUGAUGAAUCUGAAUGCUCAGCGACAACAACAACAACAACAACAACAGCCACAACAAACAACAGAACUUAUCUCAUCCAAAGUGGCAGAAAACAGCGGAGGAAUCACUCAAAAUCUGGAUCCUUCUGUUACUGUUUCCCCUUCAGUUUCUACUACCUCUCAUAAUAUGGGAAGAGAGUCUGAUAUUUCAUCAGUACUGACUACCAAAGAUGGUUUGAUAAACACUUCUUCUAUUGAUGGUACGCAUGAGAGGAUGCCACAAGAAUCGCAAGCGCAUUCUCAACCCAAUUUAGGUAAUCUCCAAGAUUUGGAGAGGACUAUGACGAAAAAGACGGCCACUCAUUUGAGGUAUCAGUUUGAAGAGGGUUUAACGGUCAUGUCCUGUAAGAUCUUCUUCACGGAACAUUUUGAUGUUUUCAGAAGAAUUUGUGACUGCCAAGAUAACUUCAUUCAAAGUCUGUCAAGAUGUGUUAAAUGGGAUUCUAAUGGUGGUAAAAGUGGGAGCGGGUUUUUGAAAACACUAGAUGAUAGAUUUAUCAUAAAGGAACUGUCGCAUGCAGAAUUGGAGGCGUUUAUAAAAUUUGCUCCAAGUUACUUUGAAUACAUGGCACAAGCAAUGUUUCAUGAUUUGCCGACAACUUUGGCCAAAGUAUUUGGGUUUUAUCAAAUUCAAGUUAAAAGCUCCAUAUCAAACUCCAAAAGCUAUAAGAUGGACGUCAUCAUAAUGGAGAAUUUGUUUUACGAGAAAAAAACAACGAGAAUAUUUGAUCUGAAGGGUUCUAUGAGAAAUAGACAUGUUGAGCAAACUGGUAAGGCAAAUGAAGUCUUGUUGGAUGAAAAUAUGGUGGAGUAUAUAUAUGAAUCACCUAUUCAUGUUCGUGAAUACGAUAAAAAGCUUCUAAGAGCUUCUGUUUGGAAUGACACUUUGUUUUUGGCCAAAAUGAAUGUCAUGGAUUACUCUUUAGUCAUCGGCAUAGACAACGAAGGAUAUACUUUGACCGUGGGGAUCAUUGAUUUCAUUCGGACGUUCACAUGGGAUAAAAAAUUAGAAAGUUGGGUCAAAGAGAAAGGUCUAGUAGGGGGAGCCAGUGUGAUCAAGCAACCCACUGUCGUUACCCCUCGACAAUAUAAGAAACGUUUUAGGGAGGCAAUGGAAAGAUAUAUUUUGAUGGUUCCUGAUCCAUGGUACAGGGAAGGGAAUUGA